AUGGAUUACGAAUCAGCUCAAUCUAAAGAUUUUUCAUAUUCUUUCUGUUUAACCAAAGACUUAAAUUUUCCAUUAAGAGUCCGAAUCUCAGUUCUUGAAGGAACUCGAGAAACAAAACCAUUUACUACAUUACUCGAAGAACCUUCUCUAAAAUUUACUGGUUUGCAAACCAGCGAUUUUUCCGAAUUAUAUGUAACUUGUCAAUUAUAUGCGGAUAAUAAACCAUUGACUAUACCAAUUCGAACUUCAUAUAAAACGUUCAAGAAUCAUUGGCUUUGGAAUGAAUGGCUCACAAUUCCUGUAAAAUUUCGUGAUUUACCUGCUACUGCCCAACUUGCCUUCACAAUAUGGGACAUUUAUGGACCACGUAAAGUUGUUCCUAUUGGUGGGACUACAUUUCGACUUUUUGGAAAACACAACACACUCAGAAAAGGAAAACACAAGUUGUUUCUUUGGCCUGAUGUUGAAGCUGAUGGUCGUGAUCGUACAACUACACCAAGUAAGGUUGGUGAAGAGGAUGAAAUGGAUCGGUUAGAGAAACUUGUUAAAAGAUAUGAGAGAAAAGAAAUGCCCAGGCUUGAAUGGUUAGAUCACCUUGCAUUCCGACAAAUUGAGAAAAUUCAUGAGGCCGAAUCGUCAAAGUCAAAGAAACUUUACUUAUAUAUAUAUUUACCAAAAUUCGAUUUUCCACUAGUAUUUAGCGAACCGGAAUAUUCGCUACCAGUAGUUUCAAUGACCCCAGUGAAUGGGCAAACACAGCCUAUACCGUUGUUUUCAUCGUCUGAAUCAAAUAUGGUGUUAAUCAUGGAUCCAGAAAUUACUGGGGAAAAUCCAGUUGAAGCAAAGCAUCGGCGUUUGGUGAGAAGUCAUCGAAGUGGAUCACUUGAUCGAGACUUAAAACCGAAUGCCAAGUUACGUGAUGAGCUUAAUGAAAUUUUGAAAUAUCCUCCGACACAACCUUUGACAGAAGAAGAAAAAGAUAAUAUUUGGAAAUAUAGAUUUUACCUUACUCGUGAAAAGAGGGCACUUACAAAAUUUUUGAAAUGUGUUGUGUGGACAGAUGCAACGGAAGCUAAACAAGCUGUUGAAUUAUUGUUCAAAUGGGUAGACAUUGAUUUGGAUGAUGCUCUUGAAUUGUUGGGAGCGAAUUUUGAGAAUCGAGCAGUUCGUAGAUAUGCUGUCAGUCAAUUAAAGAAGGCCGAUGACGAUGAAUUAUUAUUGUAUCUUCUGCAACUUGUACAAGCCCUAAAAUUUGAAAACAUAAGUGACAAGUCCAGCUCAUCAUAUGAAUCAAGUUUAGCAGAAUUUUUGAUUGAGAGAGCUGUUAAGAACCCAAUACUUGGAAAUAAUUUUCAUUGGUACCUUAUGGUUGAAUGUGAAGAUAAAGUUGUUGGUAAAAUGUAUGCUAAAGUUGCUUAUCAAUUUAUGAUAGCCAUAAUGGAGAUCCCCAAUGGAGGUCAACGGAGAGAUAUUCUUCGUAGACAAGGAGAAUUAGUUGCUGAAUUAUCGUCUAUUUCUAAAGAGAUUCGUACUAUGAAAGACAUAAGACCAAAAAAGAUUGAGAGAUUGAGAGCUUUAAUAUCGGAUCCUAAAAAUCAAUUUUCCCAAUUCCCUCCUUUGCCUUUACCUCUUGACGCACGCAUCCACGUGACUGGAAUUAUUCCAGGUAAAAGUGGAACAAAACCAUUUCAUUUAAUUAAAGAAUUGUCUCCUAAUGUAUUAUUGGAUAAAUCAUUAGAAAAAGCAACGGUUUUCAAGAGUAACUUGUUUCCAUUACGGUUGACAUUCUCUUUAGUCGAUGGUGGCGAGUAUCCCGUAAUCUUCAAAACCGGAGAUGAUCUUCGUCAGGAUCAACUUGUCAUUCAAAUUAUCACGCUUAUGGAUAAGCUAUUACGAAAGGAAAAUUUGGAUCUAAAGUUGACUCCAUACAAAGUCCUUGCUACUGGUCCAGAUCAUGGUUUGAUGCAAUUCAUCCCAUCAUUUUCAUUAGCCAAUGUAUUAAGCGAAUAUAAUGGUAGCCUUUUGAUGUUCUUUAAGGCGCAUCAUCCGGAGGAAAAGGCAACAUAUGGAAUUAGUCCUGCAGUUAUGGAUACCUAUGUUAAAAGUUGUGCUGGAUAUUGUGUUAUUACAUAUUUAUUGGGAGUAGGUGACAGACAUUUGGAUAAUUUGUUACUUACACCUGACGGUAAAUUAUUCCAUGUUGAUUUUGGAUUUAUUUUGGGAAGAGAUCCAAAACCUUUUCCACCACCAAUGAAACUUUGUAAAGAAAUGGUUGAAGCAAUGGGAGGAGCGAAUUCUAUUCAUUAUCAACGAUUCAAAAGUUAUUGCUAUAUUGCUUUUAACAUCUUAAGGAAAAAUGCAAAUUUGAUUCUUAAUUUAUUUGCUUUAAUGGUUGACGCAAAUGUACCCGAUAUUAAAAUUGAACCUGAUAAGGCUGUCUGGAAGGUUCAAGAGAAAUUUAGAUUAGAUCUAACAGAAGAAGAAGCCAUUAAAUAUUUCCAAAAUUUAAUUAAUGAUUCAGUUAAUGCAAUGUUUCCACAAGUUAUUGAAACUAUACAUAAAUGGGCUCA